CCACUCGCCAUAUGCUAGACAGAUAGCGGCACCCGUCUCUCAGAGCGCAUGCCCCAAGGGGUGAAGAGCGGGCGAAAUGUUGCCGCGCAUGCGCCGCUCGGACGAUCACUCCGGGAACGACCGCGUCACUGCUUCUUCUGCGACUGACUCGACCGAAACAAGGUCGGUAAAAGGGAAGCAGGCCACAGACGGCGGACGAAUGAAAUCUAGAAAGCGCGGGCCUAUCAAACCUUACUUCUCCCACGUGGGGUUAAGAUAAGGCGGGAUCUUUUCUUCGAUUGCUUCCCUGAGCCAGCCAAUCCGCGUUGGGAUCAUCCAAAUGAGCGAGGCAGCUUUUGUCCCAGUGGCCAGACCUCGAUCGCCGCUGACCAAUCAGGAGGAACUGCGCAGGAUUCUCGCGCUGAGGCGGUUGGAAGAGGCCGUUUCCCUGCGCCCUUCCCCCACCCUCCUUCUCCUCCUGUCGUGCCGCCGACGGUUGGACAGACUCGAGGCUUUUUGCCCGCCCCUUUCGGAUUUGCCUCUGUCGUUGGGGACCGGAGUUGAAUUACCAUGAGCGAGGGCGGUGAGGACCGGGCCCCCCCAUCCCCUAAGCAGCGGCGCUUAGACCCGGCUUGUCAGCUGCAAAAGGAGACGGAGGCAGCCCAAGCUCUGGCCGAGAUGACGGCUUGGGGCGGCGGGAGCUUUGAAAUCCUCAACCAGCAGGAGGCGCAAGGAAGCUCCGCGGCGAAAUCGAGGAGCCUGGAAACGGCCGGCCCGCAGGGGGCGCGCGAAACCAGCCCUGCUGUCCGGGAGCCAAGCGCUUCGGCGGGGCAGGGGUUGGGGACUCGGUACGGCCGGGCGAAGGGAGGUGGGGGGGCGUCCUCCGACGAGGACCAAGGAAGCGCAGCGGGGGCCGUGGAACCAGCCAGGCCGAAACGGAGGAAGGCGGAAGCCGCCGUCGGGGCGAGCGACGACUAUGAGGAUGGCCGGGAGACCAAGAGAAAGAGGAAGGACGCCAAGGAGAGGCGCCGGGUUGCUGAGGUAGCAGCCGAGGACGAGUGCUCCGUCAUUUCGGUGGGGGAGGAAGAAGAGGACGAGGACGACGACGAGGAGGAGGAAGAGGAGGAAGAGGAGGGAGGAAAACAGCAACCCACUCGCAAAACCGAGCAGUACUUGGAAGCCUUGGAGGCUGUGCAGCUGGAACUGGAAGCUGUAAAUCAGCAGGCCAACCGUGCCUUUGCCCACCUCAAAGCAAAGUUCAGUCACAUGCGGCGUCCACAUCUGGAGCGGCGCAACAUCAUCAUCCAAAACAUCCCCGGUUUCUGGGUCACUGCUUUUCUCAAUCAUCCUCAGCUUUCAGCCAUGAUCAAUGACAGGGAUGAGGACAUUUUGAGCUAUAUGACUAAUUUGCAGGUUAUGGAUUUCACCCAUGCAAAGUCAGGCUGCAAGAUCAAGUUCUACUUCAGCAGCAAUCCCUAUUUCCAGAAUGAAGUCAUUGUGAAGGAGUUCCAGUGUGGUUCCUCUGGGAGAUUAGUUUCUCAUUCUACACCAAUUCGCUGGUGGCGUGGCCAGGAUCCACUAGCUCAUGGCCAGAAGAACUUUGAAAUGAGCCGCAGCUUCUUCAGUUGGUUCUGUGACCACAGCUUUCCUGCAGGAGAUCGCAUUGCUGAGAUCAUUAAAGAAGACCUGUGGCCCAAUCCACUUCAGUACUACCUGAUGGGGGAAGGUGGUGAAAAUGGUGAAGAAGACAGUGAGACAGAAAAUGGUGAUGACUUUGUUGUGAUUGUGGAUGAUGAUGGCGAAGAUGAGGAAGAUGGGGUGGCAGAUGUCCAUGAGAUCAUAGAUGAAGAAGAGACUGGGCAAGGUGAAGUAGUGGAAGAAGUAUUAAGUGGCCAAGAAGAUGAUAAUGCUGGAUCCAAGUCCUCCCCAGAGGAGCCAGAUGGGAAGGAUUCCGAGGUGGAAGAAGAUGGCUAGAUUAGCUUAUAAAAGAACAAUGUGUUUGGUUGGACUUUCCUAUGGGGACCUCAGUGGCACUUUGAUGCUGACCAGUUGCACUUGGACAUGGCAAAAAUGGGGGGUAUCAGCAGCGGUCACAGAGAUUAUUUUGUAUCUUUAUUUAUUGUAUUGACUGCAUUUCUCUCUCUGCCCUUCUGGGGGCACUAUGUGCAAGCACCUCCUUAAUUGUUUGAUGCUUAGCAUCUUCUCCUACCUGCCUGUGUGGGGGCUGUACGCUUAUUUGCCCUGUCCCCUGGUGGCUACUCAGGGUCUUGUCUGCCCAGAGGCCUUUUUAAAACAGCUCAGGGUUUCCUUUUUCCAUUCAGCAUUAUUAAGCUGCUGGCUUUUCGCACCUUCCCUGAACUUCUGCUUAUAAGGAUUGGACUCCCCCUGUAUAUAUUUUAGCUUUAGUAUGCCUGCUAGUGGCCGACCAGUGCCUCAUGCCAUCAAAACAUAAUCCCAGCCUUGCUUUUCUCACAUUGAGGGUAGGGCCUAAUCAAUUGGGACUCAUCCAUUGCCAAUGCAGGGUUCUGCCAUUCAAACUCACUUUGUAAUAGCUCCUGUUGUUCUAAAUGGCAACCUUGCACCCAUUGGCUUAGCUGAAGCAAUAAUAGCUCUCUGGUUGUACAGUAUUUUCCUUGAGGUUAUUAAUGCAAGGAAAAGGGCUGUGAUGAUGGCUUAUUUUUGUGUUUGAUACUUUCUCCAAUGCUCCAGUCCAUGAAAGCAAUGGCAAGAUGUUUCUAGCAACAGUGUGUAUAUGUGAUUUUAUGCUCUGGUGUACUUUAUGUAUAACUGCAGACAAUUUCCUAGCAAUGUUCCUAAAGCAGCAUACCCGGUUGGAUUUGCCCAUUCCCUAUACCCCACAGAGGCUGUUCUAUGCAAUGCUACUGAUAUUUGUAGAAAGGCAACCAUUUUCCUUGGCUGAUUUUUUUGUAUAUUUCGUAUCAGGACUUUGUACUUUUUUUAUUAUAAAAAAGCACUUAAUGUACAAAGC